UUGGAGGCAGUGGGGAGAGAAGCAGCAUCUGUAUGAGGCGAGAGAAAGAACCUGCAUGGAAUGGAGGAGCGCUAGAGCAGCACUGUCGCUGUCGUCAGGGUACCCAUCACCACCACCACCACCACCAUCGCUCUGGACUGCGUGUUAAUGGGAGAGACUCAGAGCAGCUCUGUGAUGCCCGAGGAACCAGCUGUGUGGAACCGGUGCCACCUCUGAUAUGAUGCUGAGAGCAGGAGGGGCAGCAACCUCUCUCGCACUGCUGCUGCUGCUGCCGCUGCUGUGCUGCUGCCACCUGUGCCACUCACUGCGGGUCCCAAAGCUCUCGUCUUAUGCAAAAGCAGAGGACAAGCUGUUCAAAUACCUCUUUGGAAACUACCAGAAAUGGGUUCGUCCAGUGGAAUACCUGAACCAGACCAUCUGUGUAAAGUUUGGACUGGCCAUCUCCCAGUUAGUCGAUGUGGAUGAGAAAAACCAGCUCAUGACAACCAAUGUGUGGAUGAAACAGGAAUGGACUGACAUGAAACUCAGAUGGGACCCUGAUGACUAUCUGGGCAUCACAACUAUCCGAGUCCCGUCUGACAGGCUCUGGCUUCCUGACGUUGUACUGUAUGACAAUUCAGAUGGGCGUUUUGAAGGAACUGUCACCAAAGCUGUUGUUAAGUAUGAUGGAACCAUAACAUGGACACCACCAGCCAAUUACAAGUCAGCUUGCACCAUCGACGUCACCUUCUUCCCAUUUGACCUCCAGAACUGUUCCAUGAAGUUUGGCUCCUGGACGUAUGAUGGCUCCCAGGUGGACAUCAUUCUGGAGGACUUCCACGUGGACAAGCAGGACUAUUUUGACAACGGUGAAUGGGAGAUAGUAAAGGCCACAGGCAGCCGUGGUCUGAGGACAGACAGCAGCUCUACCUACCCCACCAUCACCUACUUCUUCAUCAUCCGCAGGUUGCCUCUUUUCUACACCCUCUUCCUCAUCAUCCCCUGCAUUGGCCUGUCCUUCCUCACCAUCCUUGUCUUCUACCUGCCCUCCAACGGCGGCGAGAAGAUCUCUCUCUGCACCUCGGUGCUGGUAUCGCUCACCGUUUUCCUCCUGGUCAUCGAGGAGAUCAUCCCGUCCUCCUCGAAGGCUAUCCCUCUCAUCGGGGAGUACCUGGUCUUCACCAUGAUCUUUGUCACGCUCUCCAUCAUUAUCACCGUCUUUGCCAUCAACAUCCACCAUCGCUCCUCUUCUACGCAUCAUGGCAUGGCACCCUGGGUGAGGAAGAUCUUCCUGCAUCGACUGCCUAAGCUGCUGUGCAUGCGCAGCCAUGUGGACCGUUACGCCACAGCUGGAGUCGCCAGGACGGGAGGAGCGGUGGGACUGGGUAUGAUGAAGGACUCUGCACCUGAACUCACCCCCUUACUCUACACAAGACGUCAUUUACAAGCAGCUUUGGAUUCUAUUCGCUACAUAACCAUGCAUGUGGUUAAAGAAAAUGAGGUCAGAGAGGUGGUACAAGACUGGAAGUUUGUAGCCCAGGUUCUGGACCGAAUGUUUCUGUGGGCCUUCCUCCUGGUGUCGAUCCUAGGCUCUGCUCUUCUCUUUAUUCCAGUAAUUUACAAGUGGGCCAACAUCAUCGUCCCUAACCAUGCUGGAAGUUUCCUCUAAGAACAAUAAGAAAAUGGAGUUAAAGCACAUUAAUAGCUCACCAUGGGUCUUCUUUGAGAGACUGAGAUUACCAGUGAGAUAUGGGCCGGCUUUCCCCAGUCCCUAUGUAAACUAUAGCUGUGCCAGAAGCUCAAGCUGCAGAUUUGAGGCCUAACUUGCUCACAGAGGCAUGUUUGUUUUAUUUUAUAUUUCAUUAUUUCAUAUUUCAUUUUUCAAGAGAUUCUGAAUUCUGUAUUCAAUUUAAUUUAAAAUUAAAUUAAAAUUGAUGUACUACAUUUAAGAAACUUCAAAAAUGAAUUCAUCAUUCAUUUUUUCAUUCACUUUCUCUGCAUCUCACACAUCGAUACAUUCCAGUACAUUCAUUUCACCUACUAUACAUGCUGGCAUCAUAGAGUAGAGGUUUAUCAUUGGGGCUAGUAGUAAAAUAGCAAGAGCAUGUCCUCGCAGGAUCAUUUGGGAUAAAUGUCUCGCUAAUAGCCCUGUAGAUUUUAUGUUUAUUCAGGUCACAGAACAUGUUGAUGAAUUGAAUUCAUUUAAUUUCAAUAAUUUAUGGAUCCCUGGAAAGGCAAUUACAACACAGCUCACCACCCAGAUCAACAGACACACACACAAUAGAUAGGAGAGGUAGUUCAUUCUCAUUUUACAUUUUACUACUCAAGCUGCCAAGUAAAAGAGAUGGUUUGACUUUUCUUUUCUGUAAUUCUUGUUUCACAAAUCAACACACAACUGUGUGUGGGAAAGAGAGGGGGGACUUGUUGGGACAUGCAUUUCCCUUCUUUUCAUUUUGAGGACUAAUCCUGCAUUCUUGGAUGAAUGUGAGAGUAUCCUUGGUAACACAUCAGUACUGUGGGUCCAGGGUGUUUUUAGUCUACUGAGCUUUAGCACAAAAAAGAAUAGGUCUCAUAACAUCUCCACAUCUGUCUUGUUAUUUGAUCGAUGUUGCAUGCAGAUGCCUCAGAUGAUGUAAUUUAGAGACAUGUAAUAUAGGGCCUUCCUGUCACAUUAACACUGUCCUCCAAGAAGAAGAAAGAGUCUUGUGUUCUGUAGCUGAGCGGCUCUCAGCCUUUGGUUUGACCCUGCACUGCCUCUCCAUGAGUGUGUCUAACCAUUACAGCUGAAAGGACCCACCAGCAUGGACAUGGUGGCCAGUCUACUGAUCUGUGACAUUCCACUUCUAGAUAUACUAGACUAGCCUAAAUACAGAGACUGUCAAUGAAAAUGAUAAACAAAAAGAAGCGCAUGCAAAGAAUGUAAGGCAUUUUUUAAAAAAAAUCUUUUUUGUUUAACCUAGAUAAAGAUGAGCAAGACAGUAGUAUACAGGGAGAAUGGACCUAAAAGGGUUAGGGUUAGGGUUUGAAAGUCCCACUCCAAAAGUGAUUUGGUCUGUGCUAAUAGGACAGAUUCUUCAGGACAGGACAGGAUCCUUUUUUCAAUUCCUUCAUUGCAGCCCUAUUGAGUUUUUCCUUUCUUGUCUCCACCUGUCUCUUACAUUUUAUUGUUUCUCCCCAAUGUAAAUAAUAAAAGUGUUACCUUUUGAA